AUGUCAACAUCACACGUCGAGUCUCGACAGCCCUCCGGGCAAGGGAAAAAGACGCCGCGCAAACAUGUCACUACGGCAUGCGUUCCAUGCAGGGAAAGUAAAAUCAGGUGCGACGGAGCUCAGCCGAAUUGCUUGAACUGUCAGAAGAAGGAGAGGAUCUGCAGGUACCAGCAUGGAGAUGACAAGAGGAAAAUCUCCUUGCGCGCAGCCACUGAGCUCUUUUCAGCAAGAAUUGAUCAACUCACUCAAUUCAUCUAUGACAAUAGCCUUGAGCCGCCACAAAUGCGGCCGGAUGCCGAACAGGAAAUGAACAGAGUGCUGGACACCCUUCAAGUCCCCCGAAGCGUUGUCAAAGCAAACACUUCCCAAAACAGAGACAUCGGCCGUGAACAUAAUCGUUUAUAUACGUCAACUACCAAUCGAUAUCCAGCUGAAACUGCGGCCACCUCUAUCUUACCACCUUUACAAUUCCCUAAGAUCAACAACAAUGACUAUAUACCACCUGUCUUCGACUUCAGUCUUCCAACGGCUGAAAUCUUGGAUAGCCUGUAUGCUAAUAACCUACAAAGCCCUCCGGAUAAUACUCAUCUAGAACAUCAAGAACCUUACAAAGGAGUUGACCAAACCUUUUUGCAUGGGCAACAGCAUGAAGAUGACUCCACCUCAGAAACUGGCGACGAGGCUGAGAGGGAGGUGAUUGAACAACUCUCAUCUCGAAUGGGCACUUUGAAGCUAGCCGGCGAUGGCCAUUUGCGUUUUUACGGACCAACCUCAAACCUCAAUCUAGUCGAUGUUGCAUCUACGUCGAAGCAGCGACCAGGCCCGGAUGUACGCUCCGUUCGCCAUGAUGGCCAAGAACUUCUUAACCACCUGCGUAUCGGACAGGAUGUUGAGCCAAGUCUGGAAAAUCAUCUGAUUGAACUCUAUUUUACAUGGCAGAACCCGAGCUUGUACAUUGUCGACCGAGAGAUGUUCAUGUUGGCACGAGCUAAAUGGCGGGAUGAAUUGGAUGAUACCCCUUUUUACUCAGAGGUUCUUACAAAUGCAAUGUGCGCACUUGGAGCAGCAUUUGAGGCACGAUAUCAUCCAACAUUCAUUACUUUUCCUAAAUCACUAUCGGAAUUCUUUGCCGAUAGAGCAAAAGCCCUUUUGGAAAUUGAAUUGGAUAGUCCCUGUGUGGCCACAGUACAGGCUCUUGCUAUCCUCAGUAGCCACGAAGCUGCAUCGAAUCGCGAUGCUCGGGGAUGGCUCUACAGUGGCAUGUCAAUGCGACUUGCAUAUGAUCUAGGUCUACAUCUAGACAUGGCGACGUAUGUCCAAAAAGGAAGCAUGACGCCCAUUGAAGCCAAAGUCCGCGGAAUAACAUUCUGGGGGAGUUACAUUGCAGAUCAUUUCUGGGGUUUCUAUCUGGGCCGCCCGUUCCGCAUGAAUGCCGGCGAUGUAUCUGUCUCGAAGCCAGCAUCGUCGCCAACUACCAAAGAAGUGACGUGGCAUGCGUACGGCAUGGGAGAGUUAUUGCCGCGUUCUUUAGAACAUGGACUCAGAGAUCCGGCUGACCUUAUCACCCAACAAUUUGUCAAUCUGUGGGAAAUGAUUGCACCUGUGGGGCAUAUCCUAUACGGUUGUAGUGACAUAGCGAGUCACGAUCUCCAACGAAUGAAUUACAAGGUGACUGAAGACCUGUUUGCAUGGAAGAGAAGUCUCGUUCCCUCACUGCAGGUUGAUCUUGAACAGGAUACUGGUCCAGUGCUACCGCACCUUCUGAUGCUCCAUAUGCAAUACUAUCAAAUUGUGAUAUUCUUCCACCGGCCCUGGGUUUCCAAAAGCUAUAUCCAGCCGCAAAAUCCGAAACAAGGACCAGGUCAUCAACAUGCACGCAGAACAUGUGCCGAGUCAGCGACGGCAAUUGCGCGCCUAUUACGCCUUUACGAAAAGUAUUACACAUUCCGAAGAAUAAACAACCAGGUAGUUGCCAUCAUAUUCACUGCUGCUCUGAUGUUAAUAUUUGUCACCAUUUCUAUGUCUACUCAAGACACUGGGCGGUUGCGUGCAGAUGAUAAGAGUCGACAGGCGGACAUGGUGGCGCAUCUAAAUGUCUGUUUCCGAGCAUUGGACGAGCUUGGUCAGUCAUUUGAGAAUGCAAAGCGAACUAGGGACUUCUUGGUGAGCUUGCAGCGACGAUGGCAGAACCAUAUGCGAAAAACUGGCGCAAACUCGAAACGAUCGCUCGAGCUAUCUGUUACUAAAAGCUCACAGAAUGCUGUCGACGAUAAAUCGUCUAUCUUUUCUACAGCCGCUAAUCCUGCCGCUACGGCCAGUGAUUAUCCAUUGUCAAAUCUAUCCGGUCAGAAAAAGCCACGACUAGCCGAACAGUCAAUGCUGAAAGCCGCCAGACUUGAAACCAACUUUGUCGACACCAACAAGUUCUUACCCCCUGAUGUUGAUUUUGGAUCAAUCGCCAAGGGUGGCUUGAACUGGACGCCUUCUAGUAGGGAUUUGAAAAUGCUUUCAGAGGAAUUUGGUGAUGCCCCGCUGUUCUCUACUACUUCAUCUUCAUCAUCAACGACACCUCAACCGCAGAUACCAGGAGGUAUGACGGCGGUCACUAGCGCUACGCCUGGUGGUAGCAAUGCUAUAUCGAGUCUGGAUGAGAUUGCCUCUGAGUGGUGGACCUGGCCUGUUGAUGGCUCUGAUGGAACCAAUCAUAAUAUUAAAAGCGGUGCGAAUUUUGGAUGA